GGAGUGGGGAUGGACCGCCACAGGAUUGGAGGACUGCUGCUCUCGGUGUGGCCCCUCGCCAAGCCCAUAUGUCUUUAUAUAGUGUAAACACACGCGGGGACAGUCCUGUGUGCAUCCACUCUGCUGAGCACUCAACUUUUUUAGCGCAGCAUCUUCCUACUUCUCCUCUCCUCUUUUCAAGCCAUGGCCGCGCCGAGCCAUCUCCUGUCGCUCUUCUUGGGGCUCCUGGCGGGGAGCCUCGUAGCCGAGGCGACCUACUACCGGCCCCACCGCUACUUCCCGCAUUACAUCCGCUUCCGCCAGCUGCCCUCCAACAUGGAGAACCAAAUCCCGGAGGUGGUGAACCCGCCGCCGCGCGCAGCAGCCCCGCAUCCCGGCGUGCCGAGGCACCCCAUCAUCCCGCACGUCCUCCACCCGAGACCCGAAGACAUCCAGUCCUUACCGGAGGUUUUCCACCGGCAGCCCGAAGUCGCCCAUCCGGCGCCCGAGUCUUACCACCGGGCGGCGCCUCCAGCGCUCCCCGCCCCCCGGGUCUUCCACGGCAUCAUGUUUGACGCGGGAAGCACCGGCACCAGAAUCCACAUUUAUAAAUUCAUUCAAAAAGACCCAGUUGAGCUGCCAGUUCUGGACAAUGAAAUGUACCAUGCAGUGAAACCUGGUCUCUCUGCUUAUAAAGACAACCCUGAGGAGGGCGGCAACACGGUGCGUCAAUUGCUGAAGAUAGCCAAAAAGACCGUGCCAGAGGAGGAAUGGAAGAGGACCCCGGUUGUCCUGAAGGCCACGGCGGGUCUGCGCCUGCUGCCCGAGGACAAGGCCAACGCUCUUCUGAACGAGGUGCGGCAUGUUUUUGAGGAGUCUCCCUUCUACGUGCCAAGUAACAGCGUCACUAUUAUGAAUGGAACAAAUGAAGGAGUUCUGGCUUGGGUCACGGUCAAUUUCCUCACAGGCCACUUGUAUUCCAAUACAAAGAGGACAGUAGGCAUCCUGGACUUGGGAGGCGGCUCGACACAGAUCACCUUCCUUCCAAAGUCAAAGAAAACCGUCCAAUCCGCUCCACAUAGUUACAUUGCCAAGUUCAACUUGUUCAAUAGUACAUAUCAGCUCUACACCCACAGCUACCUUGGAAAUGGACUGUACGCAGCUCGAUUGGCAACUCUUGGAGCAUUGGGAGCUGAUGGUCUGGAGUGGAAAGUCUUCACCAGUUCCUGUCUCCCAAAGAAGUUUAGAGAAGAUGUGACUUUUGGUGGAACCACCUACCAUGUCAGUGGAGUUCCAGACGGUUACGCGGGCUACAAGCUGUGCUACUACGAGGUCAUGAAGGUCAUCAAAGGAAUCGUGCAUCAGCCUUACGAGGUGAAAGGCAGCAGCGUGUUCUAUGCUUUUUCCUACUACUUCGACAGAGCUGUGGAAUCCGGCCUCAUCGACAGCAACCGAGGCGGUGCAAUUGAAGUGAGGGAUUUUAAGAAGCGGGCCAAAGAGGUGUGCAACAAAAUGACCAAAUACCGUGCCAUCAGCCCCUUCCUCUGUAUGGACAUGACAUACAUCACUUGUUUGCUCAAAGAGGGCUUCGGCUUCAAGGACAACACUGUCCUCCAGCUGGCCAAAAAGGUGAACAACGUGGAGACCAGUUGGGCUUUGGGCGCCACCUUCGACUACUUCAGGAACCUCAACAUUCACUGAGGGCAGCUUAAGGGCAAAGCAGUCAGCACUGAGAGGGACGCUUUAAUCACUGCAGGGCUUCCCUCCCUCCGCCCACUCCUAAAGUUGCAUCUAGUGGGGUGAUUCUCAUAAAAGCUACGCAUUACGGUAAUGAAGGACAUUUGCCAAAGCUAGCUUAAAAUAGCAGAAUGCUAGGAUGACUCAACAGUAUGACUUCCCUAAUAUUUUAUUUGCAGUAAAAUAUCUAAUUGUUUAAUGUCUAAAAACAUGUAAUAGUACACAUGACGGUAAAGUAGCCGUAUAUAAAAACAUAAACUAUUAACAAAAUCAAAAAGCCAAACAAUCUUUCUUUGUAGCAGCCUUAUUUUGACUUGCCUCUGGCUGCUAUUGACGGCGCUAGACAUCCAAUUCAUUUUGACUGGAUUAGACAUUCAGCGCCGUCGAUGGCACUGAAACCUCAGCAUGUCUUGUGGGCAUUUACAGGUCACUUUCUGUUCAUUUUAGGACAUUUACAUGUAACGUCCUGUGGAUUUUGAGUCACUUCCUAAUCAUUUUGGGAAAUUCCUUUUAAAUAAACCAAAAUCAACAGGAGGUGACCUGUAAAUGCUGUAUCGUACAAUAUCGUAACAUGACAUUUCAUAUUUUCAUGACUAUAUCCCUAAGACAUUAUUUAGCUUAGCUUCAUGAGAAUCACCCAGUCCCAUUCUGCCCACCUUCCUCUAACCCCCCUCAUCCUCAAAUCUGGGCAAACACUACCAGAACUGUUUCAGAACAAAUAAAUCACUAUAUUUUUAUAAGGCCAGCUAUUUCUACUGUAUGUUGAGCCCUUGACUGCUGGGCUGACUUUAUUUUUGUAAAGCAUUUUUGGUUCCUAUGGGCGUUUGGAAAUGUGUCCUCACUUUGCUCGUUUGGAGCCACGGUCGUGGGCUGCACCCUACGCAACAGUGUCACGGAAGUCUGACCAAGACCAGGGGUAUCAAACCUAUGGCACCUGGUGGAUCAUUAAUAAUGUAUGUGCAUAAUCGCAUGCUUUUAUUUUGACAUCAAUGCCUUAAAAGCAGAAGUUUGCGAAUUGUCUGAUCGAGUGCGUGCACUACUGCGCUUAGCUCAGUUUCGUGUCCGCAGGCGCAUUCGUUCGUUCGCCCUCUCCCGGUCAAAAUGGCGCCGUCAAUGGCAGCCAAUGAGUUAAAAAGGAAAUGACUCAAAAAUGCCCCAAAAGUAACAGAAAGUGACGUGAAAUCGACAGGAAGUUACCUGGGAAUGCCUUAAAAUCAACAGAAAGCAACCAAUAAACAGGAGGUAGCCUGGAAAUGUCCCCAAAAAUUCAAUAGGAAAUCCAAAGUUUCAAGGAAGCGACCUGUGACUACCCUAAAAUUAUUAAGAAGUGAUUGCAAAAUCAACUCAUUGCCUGCCCUUGCCAACGAUAAUGUCCAAUUUACUUAGACGUCCAAUCCAUUUUGACUGAGAGGGGGCGAUUUCUCGCGCCGUCAAUGACAGCCAGUGAGUUAGCUUAUUUGGCCAUAAAUGGACACAUGAGUUCGAAUGAUCAUGAAUAAGUUUGACACCCCUGCACUAGACUUCACGUCCCUCUUAACACUUUCCUUUAUUGUAGAUGCUAACGAUUUCGCCGGAAAUUACUUUAGACAAGGUCGACUAGCGGUUGACGAACGCGCGGAAUUUGUCGUUCAACUUUGCACGCAACACUUUAAUUGUAGACAUUGUAGCCAUUCAUCGCGACUCAGGAGGUCAAAGUUCACUCUUGCAGCGUGUGUUCGCGGUGAGCUGUCACACGCACUAAAUGAAGGCUUUUACUUUUAAUGUUUCCUCAGCAUCAACGCUGGCGAAAUUGCAAAGGAGCAAUACAGCGAGCGCUCAUUAAGUGUAGUUAACAACGUCGUUAAGCUUAACUACUUCAAAAGUUAAACCAAAAGAUGCCUCUCUGGCUUGGAAAAUGGGGACGUCGCUGCAACAUUAAUCAUUUUUGACCGCUUCUUGUGAAAUGUACAAAUAUUUAAAUAGCUGUCAUGUAUUUUAAUAAUGUUUAUUUUAGGCUUUUCACCUUACUGUCUUCCCAGUAUUCAAAAUGUUCCAUAACUACUGUUGUAUAUGCUUUCAAAUACAUGCUCAUAAAAUGAAUAACUUGAUGCUUUUAGUCUGUAAAUGGUUUCAGUGAAUUCCUUGUUUCAGUUAUACAUCUGUCUGUGUGAAUGUUU